UCAGUGUUCUUCUCUAUAUUGGAUAAAUCUAAUGGAAGUGUAAGUGAAUUUACACUUGGAUACAUGAAUGGAAACAAGUAAACCAACAAAAUAAAUCAUGCAGUGCAAUGGAGGAAGAAAGACAAUGACAACGCAGGUACUAUAUUUUCUUAUUUAUUUUACCUUUGAGUAUAUUUCUGCUCAGCUCCACUACUCAGUACCUGAAGAAUUGAAGAAAGGAUCUGCUAUAGGAAAUAUAGCAAAAGAUCUAGGGUUACAUGCAAAGGAAUUAUCCCUCAGAAAUUUCCAUAUUGUCUCAAGAGGCAAAACACAGUAUUUUGAAGUCAAUCCAGAAACUGGAGAGUUGCAUGUUACAGAUAGAAUUGACAGAGAAGGGCUUUGUGGAACAAAACAGAACUGUUUUAUAAGCUUUGAAGCCGUAAUUGAAAAUCCUUUACAUUUGUAUACAGUAAAAGUGGAAAUUCAGGAUGUAAAUGACAAUGCACCAAGUUUCUCUAAAGAUAUUUUUGACAUAGUGAUCAGUGAAUCAUCUUUACCCGGAGUACACCUUGCUUUGGAGCAUGCACAAGAUCCAGAUAUCGGUACUAAUUCUGUGCACAGAUAUACAAUUGAAGACAACAUGUUUUUCUCACUUGGAGAAAUUACUGCCUCUGAUGGAAUUAAACAUCCAGAACUCAUUUUAGAGAAGUCUUUGGAUAGAGAAAAACAAAACUUUUAUAGAUUAACUUUAAUUGCUUUUGAUGGAGGUCAGCCUUCUAAAACAGGCACUGCUCACAUUAAUGUCAAAGUUCUUGAUGUAAAUGAUAACUAUCCAAAAUUUGAUAAACCUGUUUACGAGGUUUAUUUGAAUGAAAAUGUCCCCAUAGGUUUCAUUGUUCAACAGCUAAAUGCAACUGAUAGUGAUGAAGGGUCCAAUGCGCAUAUUACAUAUUCAUUCACCAAUAUUCCAGAAAAUGCACGUGACACUUUUAUUAUAGAUCCACAAAAUGGAAGCAUAAAAAUAACAAAGGAUAUUGACUUUGAAGUAACAGAAGAAUUUAAGAUGACAGUGGAAGCUAAAGAUAGUGGUGGACUUGCAGCUCAAUGUAAGAUAUCUAUUCACAUUAUUGAUAUUAAUGACAAUGCUCCUGAAAUAACUAUUACAUCUGUCUCAACUACAGUUCCAGAGAACUCUCCACCAGAUACAAUUAUAGCAUUAAUUAAUGUUCAAGACUUAGACAGUGGUGAAAAUGGAGAGGUUGUCUGUGAAAUCUCUGACACUUUACCCUUUAAAUUAAUAUUAUCAUCUGCAAAUUACUACAAACUUGUAACAUCACAAAGUAUCGAUAGAGAAAGAAUGUCUCAUUAUAACAUAACAAUUAAAGCUCUGGAUAAGGGGUCUCCUCAAUUAUCCACCAACAUAACCUUCCAACUAGGUAUCUCUGAUGUGAAUGAUAAUAUGCCUAUAUUUGAUCAAACAAAUUAUAUAGUGUAUGUUCAGGAAAAUAACCCACAAGGAACUUCAAUAUAUAGAAUUCAUGCUUCAGAUUAUGAUAUUAAUCAGAAUGCUAAAAUUAGUUAUUCCAUUCUGAGUAAUAACAUCGAUAAUAUUCCAGUGUCUUCAUAUGUUUCAAUUAACUCAGUGACUGGGGUUCUUUAUGGCCAGAGAUCUUUUGACUAUGAACAGUUGCGGGAAUUCCAGUUCCAAGUAAUGGCUAAAGACAGUGGAUUACCUUCUCUUAGCAGUAAUGUCACAGUGAAGAUUUGUAUCAUUGAUAGAAAUGAUAAUGCUCCCAAGAUUCUCUACCCAUCACAAGACACCGAGGAAUCAUUAUUUGAGUUUAUCCCUCAUUCUGCUGAGAAAGGUUUUCUAGUGACCAAAGUGAUUGCAGUGGAUAAUGACUCUGGACACAAUGCUUGGCUCUCGUAUCACUUUCUACAGAAUCCUGAUCCAUCCUUAUUUAUCAUAAGUCAACAGACGGGGGAAAUCAAAAUAGGAAGAGAUCUUAAAGACAUGGAUUCUUUAAGCCAAAAGAUUGUGGUUUUGGUGAAAGACAAUGGACAACCUUCUUUGUCAUCCACAGUUACGCUGAGCUUAGUCGUUGCAGAAAGUUUUCAACAAGUGAUACCAGAAAUAAGACGACACCCUAGUAGUAUAGAAAUGUCUUCAAAUACGACCUUCUACUUAAUAGUUUCCAUAGGUCUCAUCUCCUUUCUAUUUUUGGUAACAGUGAUUCUAACAGUUCUUUUUAAGUGCAAAAAAUCUAGCACUCCAACAUCUUUUGGAACCUACAGCAGAAAUGUAUACCCUCAGUUUACCCUGGGAUGUCCCUCUGAGAUCAGUGAUGCAAGUUUACCUUUUCCAUUCUCAUAUGAUGUGUGUGUGACUCUUGACUCAAAGCAGAAUGAAAUUGCGUAUCUAAAACCACUACAGAAUGUUCCCACAGACAACCUCAUUGACACUGGCGAUUCAGCUACCACAAUUGAACUUCCAAAAGCAAGUUCGCAGCUAGUUCAUCUUACACAGGUAAGAAUUAAAUACCAAUAUUUUGGGCACAAGAAGAAAAAAAACAUGUAG